UUUCUCAAGCCGAACGGUAGUGAUGCCAACAUGUCGUUCGCAAUAAAAUUAGUAUUUUCGAGUUUCUUAGUGAUAGCUUCUCUCACUGUAGCUUGUGAUGGAGCACGUAUUCUUGGUUUCUUUCCAACCACUUCCAAAAGCCAUCUAAUCAUUCAUAGUGCCGUUGCUAAAGCUAUUGCCGAACAAGGUCAUGACGUCACAGUGGUCUCAACUCACAAAUCGAUUCAAAAAAAUCCCCCCUUCCGCUACAUUCAACUCGAUAUCGAUGGAUUUUCUGCUAGUAAAUUGUCAGAAAUGGUUGUUAAUCCGCCGCCAUUUUAUAAAAAAAUGCAUGUCAUGCUGACGACAUUUAAUGGCUAUGCGAACUCAAGUUUAAAUCAUCCAGAAGUGAAAAAGCUGAUGGCUGAAGAAUCCUUCGAUUUGGUAAUUUUAGGAUACUUUUUCAAUGAUUUUCUUUUGGGACUUGGGGCACAUUUUAAAUGUCCCGUUGUGUUGUCAUUUAUGAUCAACACCGUUCCAGCUGUAAAUGGGUACGUUGGUAAUCCUAAUGAAGUGUCUUAUGUUCCGAGUACAUUGGCGGGAGGUAAACAACCGAUGGGAUUUUUCCAAAGAGUUAUCAACUUUUUAUUUGUAAAUGUUGGGGAGCGAUUGCUUGUAAGCAAUUUGCAUUAUUGGUACCAGGAGGAUUUGUACAGAGAGAAUUUCCCUGCUGAUAAGUAUCCAUCAUUCGAUGAAAUAAAGAAGAAUGUUUCUUUAGUUCUGGCAAACAGUCAUUUUAGUCAAGGAACGAUUCGUCCAGAUGUUCCUGCUUUAGUCGAGAUUGGUGGAAUUCAGAUCAAGGAGAAGCCAGAUCCUUUGCCAGAGGAUAUCAAAUCAAUUAUGGACAAUGCAACCGAACAUGGAGUUGUUUAUUUCAGUCUUGGAUCAAAUGUUCAAGGAAGCACUUUAGAUCCUGUCAAAUUACAAGCCUUAUUCAAUGUUCUCUCGCAACUACCACAAACCGUUCUGUGGAAAUGGGGUGAUUCUGUUCUUCCAGGAGAAUCUCCAAAUAUUGUCUACAAGAAUUGGUUGCCCCAGGAUGAUAUCCUUCCUCAUCCAAAUGUAAAACUUUUCAUCACUCACGGUGGUGGUGGUAGUGUUGUUGAGUCAUCUUUUCAUGGAGUGCCAAUGGUUGGUAUUCCAAUAUUCGGUGAUCAAAGUUCAAAUAUGGAAGGUGUUGUUAAACAAAGAUUUGGAUUGUCAAUUGAUUACUCAGAUCUUACUGAAGAAGGAUUAAGAAAAGCUGUCAACGAAGUUAUGUCAAAUAAAAUGUACCGGGAUAAUGUUCAAAGGUUCUCCAAGCUCUACAAAGAUCGACCAAUGACAUCCAGGCAAACAGCUGUAUUUUGGUUGGAAUAUGUUCUUCGGCAUCAUGGAGCUCCUCAUAUGCAAAGUCCUGCAGUGCAUAUGAAUUUUUUCCAACUGGCUUCACUUGAUGUUAUUGGAUUUUUAUUAGCUUGUUUUUAUGUUGUUUAUAGAGUAAUCAAGUACAUAUUUUUGUUAGUUAAAUCGAAGGUUUGGAAAGCGAAGACAAAGAGUAAAAACGAAUAAAGAAAAUAAAUGCAAAUAUUUUCAUAUUGCAGUUGUGAAA